AUGUUGUAUAUUGGAAUUGUAAUAGUGUCUUGUAUUACGGUCGUGAAGAGUGCGAUUUUCUUUCCUUCUAACAGUGCCUAUGGUAUAUUCGCUGCACUUGCCGUUCCCUUGGAUCUUGGACCACAUAGGAAUGUUUUUAUUUCAUACAAUUUUGAGGCGAAUUACAAUUUGCCGGUGAACUGGCAGCUGCCAGCGUAUUUGGAAUUUGGAGAUACUCGUCGUAUUAAAGAUUCAAAUCGUGAUGAAUAUCUUAUGGAAACUAAUGCUACAAAAAAUGUAAAACACAUGAAACUCAAAACAACAAAACAAAAUACUCAAAAAAAUGUUAAAUCUGAUAAAUUGACUGAUCAUAACGUCAUUGAGGAGAAUGUGAUAGAAAUAACAGAAGCUAGUAAUGAUUCAAUAAGCAGCUCAAAUAAUGCAUCCCUAACUUUAAACGCAACAAUCGCUGAAGAAAACGAAAGUGAAAAUGAUAUAAAUCGCGAGAGAAGAUCAUUGCUAUCAAGAAGGACUUUCUACAGCAUGCUGAAACAAAGACUGGAAAUGCAUGGAUAUAAUGGUCAAGGUUGUUUGCUCCGACUGAUUUGUGAAACAAACGCUUCUGGAAUUGGAGAAAUUAAUGGAUUUUUAGGAUCUGUUAUGCACAUUAUAUUUGCACCAAGCUCAUCAAAAGAUGAACAAUUAUCAAAUGCUUACUAUAAAGCCGAGUUUAAUGGUCAACAGUCACAGUGUAAAAGAUAUUGGAAAAAAUGUCCACAUAAUAUUUUGGAUUUUAUAUCAACGCCUGUAUAUGACAUAAUUAAUUCUUUGAAAACACGAUAAAUAAAACUUAAUUAAAAACUUCGGAAAGUAUUUGUUAUUCAUCUUCUAAUAUAUAAAAAUCUCGUGUCGCAGUGUUUGUUAUCAAACUCCUCCGAAACGGCUGGACCGAUUUAUAUGAAAUUUUGUACACAUAUCGGGUAGGUCUGAGAAUCGGCCAACAUCUAUUUUUCAUACACAUAAAUGGUAAGGUUGGUCCGCCAUUAACUUUUUUUUUAUUUCUGAGAAAACCUUUUUUUAAAUUUUUUUAUAAUUCACUAUUGAAAAAUACAUAUAAUUCUUAAUUUUAAACAUUCUAAGACCAACCAAUGUUUUUUAAUCGCAAUUUGUUGUUGAAAAUCAAAGUGUUUUAUUAUUGUGAAACAUUUUUUAUAUGUUU